UUAGUGCGUGUGUGAGAGCGAGAGCGCAGUUGGCUAUCACUGCACAAACCAAUAGGCCUAUGUUGUGCAUCCGUAAUAAGAGGCGUAACUAUCUUGGGGAGUUCAAGAGCAAAUUUCCGCUUCCUGCUGUGAGAAACGUUCAACUUGUCAGGUCGGUGGAAAAGCCCAGCUGCUGCGCUGUCUGCGGAAUGCAAGUAUUGAGAGAGGACACGCGCGCACCAGCUACGAAGCAGUGACGAACAGCGGCUGUUGGCAGCGGUGGGGAAAUGCUGGUGGUUACGUAUGGAGGAAUCAAUCGAGUAACCUAUGAGACGUGAUCUCUAUUGCCUUCACUCCUUAGGGCUGUUUGAAUGGUUAAGGGAGCAUCUAAAUAGUCACCUCGUCUCCACGGAAAAAUCCUCGUAAUGACGGAGAAAGGAGGGCUCCCGCGGAGUGGAGCGGCUCCAGGACCGCACCUGCAACCGUUCAAGCCUGUCACAAUGUCUUCUACUCGGCCGGUGCAGAUGAACCUAUAUGCCACCUGGGAAGUUGACCGGUCAUCUCCUAAUUGUGUACCCAGGAUCUUCAGCAUCACUUUGAAGAAGCUUGUGAUGUUGAAAGAGCUGGAUCGUGAUCUCACAUCAGUUGUCAUUGCCGUAAAACUUCAGGGUUCAAAACGAAUUCUGCGCUCCAAUGAAAUCCUUUUGUCCUCAGCUGGUUUGACUGAGACUGAUCUGCAGUUGACUUUCUCCUUACAGUAUCCUCACUUCCUCAAGAGAGAUGCCAAUAGACUCCAGAUAAUGCUGCAGCGGCGCAAAAGGUACAAGAACCGCACCAUUCUGGGCUAUAAGACCCUCGCUCUGGGCCUCAUCAACAUGGCAGAGGUGAUGCAGCAUCCCUCUGAGGGGGCUCGCGUUCUGGGCCUGCACACCACGGUGAAGGACACCGCUCUGCCCGUGGCUGAGAUCCGGGUGUACUCCCUGUCCAGUCAACCUAUCGAUCACGAGGGUCCCAAAACCAAGCUAUCAGACCGCUCCCCAGACAUUGACUACUCUGAGGAGGAGGAGGAGAGUGACUCAUCUGAACAGGAAGGCAGCGAUGACCCGCUCCAGUACCCUUUUGAUGAUGAGGAUGAGGUGAGGAAGAAAAAGCCAAGACACAAACUGACCACAGCUGCAUCAAUCACGCGAGCAAAUCAGCCUAACAUCAAGCAAAAGUUUGUGUCCUUGCUGAAAAGGUUCAAGGUGUUUGAUGAGGUGGGCUUUGGCCUGGACCACGUGUCUCAGGAGCAGAUCCAGGAUGUGGAGGAGGACCUGGACGACCUUUACGACAGCCUGGAGAUGUACAACCCCAGCGAUAGCGGCCCAGAGAUGGAUGAUACAGACAGCAUCAUCAGUACACCCAAGCCAAAGCUCAGACCGUUCUUUGAGGGCUUGUCCCAGUCCAGCUCUCAGACGGAGUUUGGCAGCCUGAACAGCAGAUGCAGCCAUGGCAGGGACACCCUGAGCACAAUGGAUUAUAGAUUGAAGCGGUCCAGCAGCGGACACCUGGACGAUAACUCCGAGUCAGAUGCACUGGAGCUUACAGAGCUGGAGGUUCUGGCUGAUGUCACCCCCUGCAUAACCCUGUCAGUAGCUGAAAGGCCACGGACUCCUCUGAAGAAUCAGAGCAUAUCUUCUCCUAGACUGGACGGGGACCGCACGCCCAGGCAGCGGCGUGGGACGCCCAUGCGAGAGCGGCAGCUGUCCAAGCCCCUGAGUGAGCGCACCAACAGCUCUGACAGCGAGAGGUCGCCGGACCUCAACCUCACACCACAGAUGCCGAGGAAGAUUGUGUACGACCAGCUGAAUCAGAUCCUGCUGUCAGACAGCGCCCUGCCAGAGAGCCUGAUCCUGGUCAACGGCACUGACUGGCAGGGACAGUAUGUGUCCGAGGCCCUGCAGGCCCAGAGUCUGGCGGUGGUGAGCACCUGCUCCACAUCUGAGAUCCAGGCUGCCCUCUCCGCGCUGCUCAGCCGUAUUCAGAAGUUCUGUAAUUGUAACUCCACCACGCCCAAGCCAGUGAAGGUGGUGGCAGUUGGUGGACAGAGCUAUCUGGGGGCCAUCCUCCGCUUCUUUGUCUCUGAGCUGGCCAGCAAAACGUCCGACUGGCUUGGUCACAUCAGGAUCCUGGUAGUUCCUCUGGGCUCUCACCCCGUGGCCAAGCACCUGGCCUCGCUGGAUAAUCGCUACAGCUCCUCCUUCCAGGACUCCGGCUGGCGGGAGCUGUUCAGCCGCGCAGAGUCCCCUCACACAGGUGCGCCCCCUCACACAGAUGUGGAGAGUGUGGAUGUGGUGGGGAGGAUCAGCCAGUACAUCAGUGGUGCCUGCGUCACUCACCAGCUCCCCAUCGCUGAGGCCAUGCUCACCUGCAAGCCCAACACACAUGAAGAGGAUUCCUGCCAGAAGUUUGUGCCAUUUGUUGGUAUGGUGAAGGUUGGGCUUGUUGAGCCGAGUCCAGUGUUUACAGGCGGAGACUGUGAGGAGAGCCUGUCUGUGUGUCUGUCUGUGCCCUCCACCUCACCCCCGGCACACGGAUCAGCCGGCUCCCCUUUGAAGGAUGCUGUAACCCCACCCCCUUCUCCUUCUCUCAGCGGAUUGGCUGUUAUGGGGAGCCCGAUCAUGGCUCACGGGAUGGACGCCAUUGGCCUGCAGGUGGACUACUGGGCCGCUACGGCGCCAGACAAGCGCAAGGAGGGCGAGCGACGCGAGGCGGGCACCAAGAACACCCUGAAGAGCGCCUUCCGCUCGCUGCAGGUCAGCCGGCUGCCCAGCUCGUCCUCGGCCGAGCUCCAGCACCUGGCCAACACCAUGGCCAUGACUGUGGUCACCAAGGAGAAGAACAAGAAAGUCCCCACCAUAUUUCUUGGGAAGAAGCCAAAGGAGAGAGACAUCGAGUCCAGGAGCCAAGUUAUCGAAGGCAUCACCAGACUUAUAUGCUCAUCCAAACAACAGCAGACCAGCCUGCGAGUGUCUGUAGAUGGCCUGGAGUGGAACGACGUGAAGUUCUUCCAGCUGGCCGCCCAGUGGCCCACGCAUGUGAAGUACCUCCCCGUGGGCCUGUUCGGCUACAGCAAACCGACCUCUUAGUGCCCACUCACACUCCGAGUCGAUCUCAUCAGGAGCUUCCUGGACACAGUGUUCUGGUGUUUUCCGUGACACAGUGUUCUGGUGUUUUCCGUGACACAGUGUUCUGGUGUUUUCCGUGACCGUGUUCUGGUGUUUUCCGUGACCGUUUGGCUUCCAGGGUGGGUGGAUGGGGUUUAGCACCCCGGAGUUCUUUCAGCUUCAAUGAAAUGAUGAGGUGCUGAAACUCAUUCUGUAAUUUGUGGUUAACAACACCUCAAGUUACAAUAACUGAUGCUGAAGGCUAACUGAUGCUGCAUUGAGAAAAAGGCACACACUUCCAUUUGAGCUGUAAUUCCUUGUAUGAGGCUGGAUAUUGUGUGUGUGCACUCUACAAACUAGUUCUCACCAGUGGGUUUUGCUGUUGAUGUUGCAUUUGUGCAAUAACACUUGAACUUUGUGUUAAUUUUAUGGUGUUCAGUAAACAAACAAUAGUGGAAUAUGAUGAUUACCUUUGACUUGAUCCCUUGUAUUGCAAUAAUGUGAUCUAUAGUGUAGUAGUUGAAUCAGUCAAAUAUCUCAUAAAAGAUUUGUUUUUUUUUUGCUUAAACCCCAUCUUUUUUCUAUAACACAGAGGCCUUGCCAAAAGAAUAUAGGCAGUUAUUAGAGGACGUUUCCGUCAGCUUCAGAGAGAAUUUGAAGUGGGCCUUAAUUUCUAACAUAUUGAACGUUGCUAUGGUUCCCCCAAACUAGUUUCUGUGAGUGACAGCUUCUUUGGUGGUUGCUUAUUUGAUUACUCAGUGUCUAUAACAUUAAACAUUGUAGGAUAUACCAUGCUGCUAAUAUGGACCAAUGUGGCUUUCCAGUGUGAAGUGUUUUGUAUGAAUUGCCUUAUUGUGAAAUCGAUGUGUACAUAUAUUUAAUGGAUCUUUUUGAAACAUGUAUCUGCAAAUUCUUGUCACAGAUUUUUGUGAACCAGAUUCUUUUCAUAUGCUGCAUUUUAAAAAGGAUCCGACCAGCAAGCACUUUGCUGUUACAUUCCAGCUUUUUGUUUAGAUUUUGCCACCAUUCUGGUCAAGCACAUUGUCAAGACUCAACCAAAAAAAUAGAAACAGAGAUUUUCCACUGCUUAGAUGUUCAAAUAACUGUAAUCAUAUGACACUAGCUAUUUCUGCAUGUUGAAUGAUUCUGAAACAUGUAGUGAUUUUAAUGUAACUGCCAAUUUCAGGAUGUUGGUGUACUGAAAAGCAUAGGUAAUAAAAAAUAUGUUUUUCAUUUU